AUGCAGUAUGCAAUUAAUAUACCUAUCUCGGUUGACAAUACCUGCCUGGGUAUUAUAAUUCCAUCUGGGGUCCCUGUCAGGGACGGCUUCGGCUCCUGCUGGGUGAUUGUUAUUAGUGAGGUGUUCCUGGUCUGCAUGAGCAUUGGCCUGUUCCAGCACUUGCCUACCCUCCUCAGGGGGUCCAUUAACCUUCGAGAUUUGGAACGAGUACAAGGCAGCGCAUACAGAGGGGAAGAGGCAGGAGAAGAAGAAGAAGAUGGUAAGGGAAGUUCCUGGGGACCUGAAGAAGCUUUGACUAAGACUUCUAAUACAAUAUCGAAUAGGAAUAGUGAUGAAGGGCAUCCUUGUGUGGUUCCUGCUCACAGAGGGCCUCUUUCCCUUGGCCUCAAAUCCAUUGGCGGCGCGGUUUUUUUCAGCUUAGCCAAGGCCAAGAUCAAGGCACGGGACCUUCGCGGCAAGAAACAACUGGAUGACCUGAAGGUGGAGUUGUCUCAGCUACUCGUCACCAAAGUCACUGGCCGUGCAGCGUUCAAGCUCUCUAAAAUCCGAGUUGUCCGCAAAUCCAUUGCCCGAAUUCUAACUGUCAUCAACCAGACUCACAAGGAGAAUCUCAGGAAGUUCUACAAGGAUAAGAAGUACAAACCUCUGGAUCUGCGGCCCAAGAAAACUCAAGCCAUGCGCCACAGACUCAACAAGCACCAGGAGAACACGAAGACCAAGAAACAGCAGCGGAAGGAGUGGCUGUACUCGCUGUGGAAGUAUGCUGUCAAGUCCUGA